UUUCGAUCAGUUCAUAUCACAGUGAAACAUUUCAAAUUUUUUGGAUUUUUUGGUCUGCAAAGUGCAAAUAUAAAGAAGCUUGUUGGCAAUUUUUGAAAGAAACAUUCACAGUGUGUUAAAUCGAAGGCAAAAUAAAGCGUGUCUUUAUUUUGUGCUGCUGAUAAUUUUUGGACGAAAAUUUUCAAUUUGAAGCUCGCUCUAUGAUGGUAUUUUGGCAAAAACAAGCUAUUCUGGUGUUACUGCUUGCAUUCAGUGGCUUGAAUCUGAUUCGAUCGGAUUGUGGUGCUGAUGUUGAUCGGUUGAACGGUGGAUUCUGUGACGGCCGAAAUUUAAGGCGCAUCGAACCAAAUAAUUUGGACAAAAAUCAACAAAGACAAUUCAGAGGCGUUGAACGCAGAGAAGAACGUGUUGAAUUUCGUCAGCGAAUUGCCCGUGAAGAACGCGAUGUACAACGCCGUGAUGUCGAUGCUCGCCGUCUCGAUGAGUCAAGAGAUUGGCUUGAACGUGCAGAAGACGUUGAACGACGCAAUGACCUAAAUCGACGAGAUGUUCGCGAAGAACGGGAUGCUCGCGUUGAGCGAAGAUUAGACCGCGAAGAGCGGAAUUUGAAUCGUAAUGUACGUGAUCAAAGACGUUUGAAUUUUGUUGAUGAACGCCCCAUUCGUCGUGAAAUCGAUGGUUCUCGUCGUCGACUUGAAGAACGUGAACGAUUUGAAGACUCCCGUCGAAGUAGUCGAAUGGAAAAUGAUGGUGAACGACGACAAUCAAGUGAUGAACGCCGUGAAGAAAACACACGUUUAGAAGGUGAACGCCGAGAUGAACAAAGAUUCAGCCGAAAUAACGAAGAACGUCUGUCACGUCGAGAGAAUCGCGAACGUGAGGAAGUUGAAAGACGAAAUGAACGUCGGGAGACUGAGCGAGAUGCUCGCAGAGAAGAACGAAUGAACCGACAAUUAUCGCGCCGAGACAGUACAAGACGUGAAGUUCGAGCUGAUAGCCGUUUGGAAGGCGAACGGCGAAUGGAAAAUGAGCGUCGGGAUGCCAAUCGACGAGACAUUCAAGUCGGUGGUGAGAGACGACGUGAAAUCCGUGAUUCACCAAAUGAGCGGCGAGAACGCGAAGAGCGAUCAGAGCGUCAAGAAAGAGAUGAGCGACGUGAAACUGAGCGAGAUGUCCGCAGAGAAAUUCGCCGUGAAGAACGAAUGGACCGAGAAACAUCGCGCCGAGACAGUGAAAGACGCGAAGUUCGAGGUGAUAUUCGUUCUGAAGCCGAACGACGAAUGGAAAAUGAACGUAGAGAUGCCAAUCGACGAGACAUUCGAGUCGAUGGCGGAAGACGUCGCGAAAUUCGUGAUUCUCCAAACGAUCGUCAAGAACGUGAAGACCGAUUGGCACGCCGUGAAGUUGAACGAAAUGUUCGCCGAGAAACUCGUGAAGGUGAACGAAUGAAUCGUGAAUCAAUCCGACGUGAAAGUGAACGACGUGAAGAACGUGUUUUAGACCAACGUCGUAUUGAACGUAAUGCUGUGAACCCCCAUUCAAGACAAAUAAGCACUGUACCUGAAGACGCUUUCCUAUCCAGUGAAAAAUCAUAUUUCGUUUCAUACAAUUUGACAUGGAAUUUACUUCAAUUGAUCGUUCUCGGUGCAAUUGCAUUCCACAUCAUCAAGAAAGAUGAUUCCAUCAAACCAAAAGGUUUCGGUGAUCACUUCAAAGGACUUUUUACAUCAAAUGUUGACAAAAGUGUAAAAGCUUUUUAAAUGGACAAUUUACCGAAUGAACCCAAGACUUACUCACCUAAUCACACAAACAGAAAAUACAACCUAUUUAAUCAAUACAUAUAAUCAAUUCCGAACGGAGACAAAGUUGCACUUCCUUUUUAUCGGUUCCAUUGGUUGGAGAGAGAGGAAAUACCUUCACAAUACAUGGCUCGCAUUUUGAUAUUAUUCCAUAUAUAACAUAAAUUGCUGCAACUAAUGGAAAAGAAGUCAAGGUAGCCGAUUUGAUUGAAUGGAAUAAUUUGAUAAAAGAGCAAGUCCCAGAUUAUUCGUUCUCCACUAUUUCGUCUCGAUGAUGAAGACGGGCAUUUUUUAGUUUUUCAAAUGAUCCAAUUUUGAUUUUUCGAAGUAAAAUUCAGAAGAAUUUUCAUUUGUAAAACUAACAUUGGGUCCAGGCACUUUGAAGUUUAAAGUUUGAAAUGAAAUUCAAUUUUGACAAAAAGUCUUAUAAUCGUCGACCUUUUCAGCGUACUUAUUGACAAAAACUUGCAAUAGAUUUUCAAAAUUCAAAACUACGUGUGUCCCUUCAAAUCGCCCUAAUCCAUGGCGAUUUUUCAUAUAUGACAUCAUCUACCUUAUCUUUGAUACAAUUUUCAGCAGUUUAAUCAGCAUUUGUUCCAUUUUUUCCAAAUCUUAAAUAUUU